AUGCGGGCUAACCACCCUCGCUUCGAUGUGAAGAUGGAGGCAGCCAGUACCACUGCCACCGGAACUCUCAUCCCGUGGGUUUGCCAGAAGGCGUCAAACCGGUACGUGUGGAUCGACUGGAUCGUCAAGGGCAACCUUCCGUUCGCAUUCGUCGAAAUGGAGACAACCAGAAGGAGUCACGACAUGGAGCUCGUCACCAAGGCUGCGGAGAAAAACAUCGGCGAAGAGCUGCCGGAAUGCUUCGGAGUUAUUCUCGACGACUGCACGUUCGGCAGCAAGCACUACAUGACAGCGUACGACUGCUACAAGCACAAUGGUGCGCGUCGCUGUCCCCUUAUCUCCAUGGCACCAGUGAUCAAUGUGACGACGGCGCGUCAGUGA